AUGUGGAACAGCAGCUCCAUGGCCCAGUUCCUCCUCCUGGCAUUUGCAGACAGGUGGGAGCUGCAGCUCCUGCACUUCUGGCUCUUCCUGGCCAUCUCCCUGGCUGCCCUCCUGGCCAACGGCCUCAUCCUCAGCGCCGUAGCCUGUGACCACCACCUGCACACCCCCAUGGGCUUCUUCCUGCUCAACCUCUCCCUCACAGACCUGGGCUGCAUCUGCACCACUGUCCCCAAAGCCAUGCACAAUUCCCUCCAGAACACCACAACCAUCUCCUACAUGGGAUGUGCUGCACAGCUCUUUUUACUUUUCUUUUUCAUGGCAACAGAGUUUUAUCUCCUCACCAUCAUGUGCUACGACCGCUACGUUGCCAUCUGCAAACCCCUGCACUACGGGACCCUCCUGGGCAGCAGAGCUUGUGCCCACAUGGCAGCAGCUGCCUGGGCCACUGGCUUUCUCAAUGCUCUGCUGCACACAGCCAAUACAUUUUCCCUGCCCCUGUGCCAGGGCAAUGCCCUGGGCCAGUUCUUCUGUGAAAUCCCACACAUCCUCAAGCUCUCCUGCUCACACUCAGGCUACCUCAGGGAAAUUGGGCUCAUUGGGGUUACUGCCUGUUUAUCAUUUAGUUGUUUCAUUUUCAUUGUUUUCUCCUAUGUGCAGAUCUUCAGGGCUGUGCUGAGGAUCCCCUCUCAGCAGGGACGGCACAAAGCCUUUUCCACCUGCCUCCCUCACCUGGCUGUGGUCUCCCUGUUUGUCAGCACUGCCACAUUUGCCUACCUGAAGCCCCCCUCCAUCUCCUCCUCAUCCCUGGACCUGGUGGUGUCAGUUCUGUACUCGGUGGUGCCUCCAUCACUGAACCCCCUCAUCUACAACCUGAGGAACCAGGAGCUCAGGGUUGCCAUAAGGAAAAUGAUGACUACAUGUUUUUUGAGAAGCAAUAAAGUCCAUCUUUUCUUCUGCAGAACACUCAUUGUAUAACUCAUUUUGGGCCCAGCCUGCCUUCUAAAGCUUUUAAUAGUGGUGGUGGUGGUGGAUUUUCCUGGGUUUUUACUUCUGUUCAUGUCAUUAAGACUGAAAUUUUAUUCUUCAUCCCAUAUAGAAUUCACUGUCUAUCUCUUUUUUCUUUUUGACCCACAAAAUAUACCAAUCAGGAAUCAUGUUUGG